CACUAUACUACCUUGCCUCACGCUAGCACUUGAGUAUGAAUUUGUGCAUUAGUAUACCGGCGGUCAUUCUCUUUUGGAAGGAGCUUCAAUUCUAGGAUCCUCGGUCUUACUUUCCAUCUAUCGGCCGCUGGGCGACACGAACGGUGGCGUGAGCCCAAUACAUACAUCGACAUGUGUGAGUGUUGAUCUGCUUUGGCGAGAACACUAUCAAUGCAGAUUUGACGGGUCUACUCCGGACGCCCCAACGUUUGACCAUACGGACCACAUUCUCCUCAUAUUUACAUUCUUUACCGGCUUUCGCCAUGCUUUUUGAGCAGUGAGAAAACCCUCAAUGACUCUCCUUUAUACCUGGUCACUCAAGAUGCGGUCUGCACUUUUUCAUAGCUUAGUCCUCGGCUUUUGGCUCACAAGUAGCCUUGUGAGCGGUCAAAAUGGCUCUUCUAUCCAGAACGAGACAUUUGACGGCGAGGUGGAACAAUCGUACUUCCUUGUCAAUUCGGCGUUUGGCAUCUUGAGGAAUGACAUCCCAGCUCAAGCUCUGGAACUUCCCACCGGUACCUGCAACGAUCAAACGCCAUGUGUGAAUGGUGCAUGCUGCAGCAGUGUCUCCGGACUGUGCGGCUACUCUCCUUCGGAGUGCGGAGCCGGAAACUGCUCUUCUAACUGCGAUGCCAAAGCAGAGUGCGGCCAGUACGGCAAGCCUGGCAAGCAGCAGUGUCCGCUCGGAGUCUGUUGCUCCGAGUUUGGAUUUUGCGGCUCGACAUCCUUGUUUUGCGACAAUGGAUGCCAGAAGGACUUUGGAGGCUGCGGCGACGUCAAGCGACCUUCUUGCAGCAAAGAUGGUGGUAGUGUCGAGGGCAUAAACAUCGGCUACUACGAGUCGUGGGCCAACACCAGGGCGUGCAGCAAGGUGUCUCCUGAAGACCUCAAUCUUGAUGGUUUCACGCAUCUCAACUUUGCCUUUGUCUUCUUCGAUCCCACCACUUUCGACAUCGUUCCAAUGGAUAAGAAUGCGGGCACGCUGCUAAGUCGCUUCACCAAGUUGAAAGAGAAGAAGCCUGGACUGCAAACUUGGGUCAGCGUGGGUGGAUGGUCCUUCAACGAUCCCGGCCCAUACCAACAGGCUUUCAGCAACAUGGCCAGUACAGGAGCAAACCGCAAGACCUUCAUUAACAAGCUCAUCAAGUUUAUGGACACUUAUGGAUUCGAUGGAGUUGACUUGGACUGGGAAUAUCCUACCGCUGAUGAUCGCGGAGGCAAAGCCGGCGAUUCAGCCAACUUUGUCCUACUGUCGAAAGACAUCAAGGAUGCCUUUGGUGGCAAGUACGGCUACACCUUAACGCUGCCGGCAUCCUAUUGGUACUUGCAACACUUCGACGUGUCCAAGCAUCAGGAGUCUGUUGAUUGGCUCAACUUGAUGUCAUAUGACCUUCACGGUGUCUGGGACGCCGCAUCGAGAUACACUGGGCCCAAACUCGCAACUCACACCAACAUCACCGAGAUCAACAUGGCCUUGGACCUCCUUUGGCGCGCUGGUGUCAAACCAAACAAAGUCGUUUUGGGAAAGGGCUAUUACGGCCGCUCGUUUACCCUCACCGAUCCGAGCUGCAACAAGCCAGACGGCUCAUGCACGUUCUCUGGAGGUGCUAAAGAGGGUCGGUGUUCGAAGGCUUCCGGCAUUCUUACUCUACAGGAGAUCCAAGACCUCAUCAAGGAGAAGAACCUCAAGCCGGUACAUGAUCAGAAAGCCGGAGUCAAAUGGAUACAGUGGGACAACGAUCAAUGGGUGUCCUACGACGAUCAAGAUACUUUCAAGCAGAAGAAGGAAUUCGCGAACUCACGGUGCUUACACGGACUCAUGGUUUGGGCUAUCGAUCAAGUCGACCAGAACGACAAAAGCCUGAAUUACCCUGACGAAUGGACCGAAGACGACAUUGCAGAAGCCGAGGUGAUCAUCCAAGACGAAGCAGCCCAAGGUGUUUGCUACACGACGCCAUGCGGCGACAAAUGCGCGUCAGGAGAAUACGAGGCUGCGCAAGCAAACGGCCAGCCCGGAACACUCUCGACAAUGGACCGCUGUGCCAAAGGACAAUUCCGUCGGCUGUGCUGCGCCAAAGGCACUAUUAUGGGCAAGUGCCGAUGGCGCGGCUACCGAGGUCUUGGCCUGAGCUGCACCGGUGGCUGUGCCAAGGAUGAAACGGAGAUUACGCAAAACACCAAUCAUCACUCGAGCACCGAGGAUCAGACGUGUUCUGGAGGAACACAGAGCUACUGCUGCGCUGGCUUCAAGCCUCCCAUCAUCAAAGAGCAGAUCGAAGAUGAGGUCAAGGACAAGGCCAAAGAGGCCGCUUUGGAAGCUGCCGAAGCGUUAGCCUUGGAGGUCGCUGCUAAGGCUUUCUGCAGAAUCGCCAUCACGGCCGCCUUGACACCGCUUACUUUUAUUCCCUUUAUUGGAUGGAUCAUACGACUCGCCGUCCAAGCCGCCGUUCCAGCUCUUGCUCAAGUGUGCGCCAAGGGCAUUGCAAAAGCAGGCAAAUCCGUCUUCAAGUUCCGCGGGAAGGACUACGAUGUGAAGCUCGACAAACCAUUGACAUCCAAAAAGGACCGCAGUCCAGCCGCCACGCCCACGAAACCUGCGGGAAGGUGCGCCAAGGUCGACCCUAAGGUUAACCCAAAGCUCGCGGAACGUGCCCCUAGGGCCCGAACGGUCAUCAACAAGAUACGAGGAGACCCUGAUGAAGAGAUCAAGACAAAGACUUGUGUCUACAGUAAAGACAACGGGGAUAUUCACAUGGGCCAGGCUUGUCUGCACUAUAGCUCUGUUAUAAGCCGCCGACCUGCUCUCAGAAGGUUGACGUGUUUAGGUAAAGGCGGCGUCAACGUUCGCGAGGUACGAAACUCUUAUGCCAAGGAACACGCGACCGAGUGGAUCAACGGCCAUAUGCAAGGUGGCGUGAACUGCGAGCGAGACGAAUUUCCACCCGCCGCCAUUUGGCAAGGUCGCGAUAGGAAUGUGUGGAUUCGUCUCCAGCCCUCUUCUCACAACAACCAGGCCGGGAAAAUGUUCAGCCGCAUCUGCGACGACCGGGUAGCUACUGUGACGGAAAAGAACCUGGAUCGAAGAGUCAAGUGUGACAACGGCAAAGUCAUCGAGUAUUGGGACCACAUCGAGCGCGAACAGCUCCAGAUCUUCAGCCUGGAAUUCUCAAACAUGCCGGGAAAUAUUGUUGACCAAGGGAUCACGGCCAACCCGUGCUGGCCCAGGGACCUCGUCGACGACCCGGGCUUCGCUCUCAUGACCAACGAUCCUUGGUACAAUCGCGCAGCCAACCGCCCCCGCAAGAGACACACGGCAAACUACGGAAACCCAGACUAUGCUGCUCUGGGCUACCCUCCGGGGCCCGCAGCCGUCAAGAUGAAGCGAGGCCUCGGCCUCGGCCCCGAAGACCUAUACGUCGACGAAGGAAACUCGUCCCGGCUACCCACCGAAGAAGAGCUACGCACCGAAUUUGGCCUCGUGCGCUGUCAAGGCGAAGACUGCGAGCCCGAGAUGAAGCAGCUUGGUUUUGCCUCUCUGCCCAUUAUCCCAAAUUCGUUUGCCUGGCCUCCCAAGUCUCACGAGCCGAGUACAACGCCGGCGGUUACGGCGGCGGUUACUGUGGCUGCCACUGCGUCUGGGUAUGCGCCGACGACUACGAGUACGGUUGUUCAGGCUGUUACGCAGGUUCUUUCUGCGGCGCGCGAGUUGAUUACCGAGUCGGUAGAGUAUGCGUUCUAUGACGAGGAAGACGAUUAGGAGAUCUAUUAGAAAGGAUACAAGAAUGUAUCUGAGUAGAAUAGAAUAGUGUAGAUGGAUAGUUUCGCUUUACAAGAAGCUCAUAGUAUAUAUAUAUAUUAAAUGUCAG